CGAAAAAGCACCGAAAGAAUUCCAACAGACGGUCUCCCCCAGUGAGGACUGCCGGCAAAUGCGAGCAUGAGGGAAGGUUGCCGAAUCGCUAUCCUUCUCGCGGUGUUUCUUCUCAUCGGAGCUCCAGCGGUGGACGGAGGAGACUUCAAAGGAGACUACUCUAAGCUAUCGGGGAUCAUAAUACCGGGAUUCGCAUCCACUCAGCUCAGAGCAUGGUCCAUUCUCGACUGCCCGUACUCUCCUCUUGAUUUCAAUCCGCUUGACUUGGUCUGGCUUGACACUACCAAACUCCUUUCAGCUGUAAAUUGUUGGCUUAAGUGCAUUUUACUCGAUCCUUAUAACCAAACAGAUCACCCUGAAUGCAAGUCACGGCCUGAUAGUGGUCUUUCUGCGAUAACAGAACUAGAUCCAGGUUAUAUUACAGGUCCACUUUCUUCGGUAUGGAAAGAAUGGGUUAAGUGGUGCAUUGAGUUUGGUAUAGAAGCUAAUGCAAUCAUUGCUGUUCCAUUUGAUUGGAGAUUGCCACCAUCAAUGCUUGAGGAGCGAGAUCUUUAUUUUCACAAGUUAAAGCUGACAUUUGAAACUGCUCUUAAACUUCGUGGUGGACCCUCUUUAGUUUUUGCCCAUUCAUUGGGGAAUAAUGUGUUCCGUUACUUUUUGGAGUGGUUAAAGCUAGAAAUUGCACCAAAACAUUAUAUCCAAUGGUUGGAUGAGCAUAUCCAUGCCUAUUUUGCUGUUGGAGCUCCUCUCCUUGGCGCAACUGAGACUGUCAAAGGAAUACUUUCCGGGCAAACAUUUGGUCUUCCUGUUUCUGAGGGCACAGCUCGAUUAAUGUUCAAUUCUUUUGGCUCUUCACUGUGGAUGUUGCCAUUUACAAAGUACUGCAGAGCAGAGAAUGAAUAUUGGAAGCAUUUAUCUGGUGGUAUUAGGAAGGGUCACCAUACAUAUCAAUGUGAGGAACAGGAAUUUCAAUCAAACUACUCUGGAUGGCCAACAAAUAUAGUUAAUAUUGAAAUUCCCUCUAACCGUGGAUUUGAGGCUUAUCCAUCAAUUUCAGAAAUAGCUGAGAACAGCUUGUCCAACAUGGAAUGUGGACUCCCAAGACAAUUAUCAUUUUCUGCCCGUGAAGUAUCAGAUGGGACUUUGUUCAAAGCAAUAGAAGAUUAUGAUUCAGAUAGCAAGAGGCUCUUGUAUCAGUUACAUAAGUGGGUACCAAGGCACACUCUUUCUCCAUUUCAAAGAAUUAUCAUUAUUUGCUUUAGAUUUUAUGUUUCAUUUUUAAUUCACCAUUGUGGGUUUUUCCACUUACACACCCUCUCAUAUGCAAGCCCAUUGGGCUUGCCACAUGAAAUCGGAACCACAGCUUACCAAGCCAUUUUCAACCUUACUAUGGGUUGCACUCCAGGGCUUCUAACAGCCUCUCCUGGGUUGCAAACUUGCAGCAACUCUCUACAGCAGAGCACAUGGGCUGGGUUCGCAACGACCUCCCUUGGGUCACACACUGACCAGGCUUGCGGCAACUAGGUGGAGUCCAUCAUAAAACCAAUUGGCAAUAGAUGUAGUCCAGAUUGUAUUUAUGUCCACAGGUUUCCCUUUUAAUUCACCAAUGUGGGAUUUUCCCAAUUAGAGUGAUGUUUCUUAAUUUCAUCUUAGAAGCGAUGUUGGAUGUUUAUGAUUGAAGUUCACUAGCUAUUUCGGAGCCUUAAGAUUUUUCUCGUACAUGUCCAUAAAUGACUACAUGAGGCAUGAUCUCUUAAAGCUUUAGAUUCAAUUUCUCAUAUAUGACAUGAAAUUCAUAAUCAAGUUGACAUGUGGUACCAUAAGUUGUGGACUGACAUCAAGGUAAUUAAGCAGACUAAUUGUGAAGUUAAUAGGUUUGAAAUCUAGAAGAAUAUUGAUUUACUGGGUCUUCUUUGACCUUAGUUUUUGUACCUAAGGCUGUUGUUCUCAUCUCAGCUACUUUCCAAAUUGCUUUCAAUGAUAAUCUAAAUGUGGUUGUUUGUAAGCAUUGAUGAUUUCUGAGCCAAAUUUCUUUUUCCUUUAAAAACUUAUUACAGCACUAAAUCUCUAGACUUUUCUUUCAGUUUCAUUCAAUAAAAGUUGUGCAGGUGUUUACUGCUAUCUUUUAACAGGCUUAUGUUUCAAUGCUGUGUUUUUCAGGUCAUAUCAUGGUGAUCCUGUUCUGAAUCCUCUUACGCCUUGGGAUAGACCACCAAUAAAAAAUGUUUUCUGUAUCUAUGGGAUAGAUUUAAAGACUGAGGUAAUAUCAUAUUCUCCAUGUUAAUAUCAUAGCCAUAUUGUUUGUGAUUGUAUUGCAAAUACUAUGAGAAUCUGUUCUCUUCUAUGGUGAUUUCUUAAUGAAUCAUUAGUUUUGACUGACAGAUGAUGAACUUGGAAAGAACUUGGUUUAUUGGGUUACUAUUAUCUUAAUGUUCUUUACCAAUGCGAAAAACAUGUUGCG